AUGUCAGCGGAACAAGCGCUACAAAUCGUUCGGGGCAUCUCCUCCGCUGUCACUGGCGUGGAACGAAGCGAUGCCAAUGACCAGGAGAUGCGAGCAGCAGCAGGUCGGGUUUGCACCUCCUUGAUGUUCUUCAUUGAGCAUCCGGACAGCAGGGUCCAGGUGCAUUGUGUUGGUAUGGUGAGGAAGUGCUAUGAAAGAUACCGUGAUGCCAUCAGCGAGGAAGAUAUGCCGAAAGUGAGGCAGGCAUAUGCCAAUUGCGUUAAGAUGGCAGCGGAGGACACUCUGAUCGAGGACAAAAAGACUGCCUUGAACAUGCUCGGGUGGAUCGUCAGUCGUGCAGAUGGCGCAGAAUUCGCCAGGAGCUAUCACGACGAUGAGUUGGAUGUGACAAGCAAAGCCAAGGAUCAAGGAGGCCAAGUGGCUCUAAAGGAACCCCUUCAGCAAGAUAACGAGGAGCUCCGCGCAUCAUUGUUAGAGCAGGUCAUCAAGAUGCCGCAGGUUGUCAGCGUAACAUUCGAGGCAGAGUUUGUUAUCGUGGCAACCAGAACUGCAGCAGAUGCUAGGAACGCAAAUUUCCUGGCGGAUCUGCUCAAUGUGAUGAUGGAGCAGGGAGCACAUGGGGUGAGCCUGGUGAACUCGCGGACUUGCGGCACAAGCGCCUUGACCGGAGGCAGUUGCGCGACAAGUUCGACUGCCAUGCCGGCGGAGGGGGGCAGACAAGAGGAGUCGAAUAAGGCUGGGCAGGACCAGGACCAGGAAGCCACGGUACCAGCAUAUCUCGAUGAUGAGCUGGAUCAAGGUGCUGCCGAACGACUUGGUGCUGAGCAUUUGCAACAAGGCGAUUCCUCUCUUCCUCAGUGGACUUUCUUCUCGCAGCAGAGUUGGUUAGACCAGAGAAAGCUUCAGGAAUACGAAGACGAUCCAAGCAUUGCUGCCAGGCUGGCCAAGAAAAAGCAGCAGCAACAGCAAAAGCACGAGGAGGAGACGAGCCGGAUUAGUCGUUUCACAUCAUGGCUCGUCGGCUGGCAGAAGGACAAGGCUUGA